AUGGCUUCUGUACAACAGCUCUUCUCUCUUGAAGGCCAGACUGCUCUGGUCACUGGCGGUACUCGCGGAAUUGGUCAGGCAAUGGCCAUUGCCCUCGCUGAGGCUGGCGCGGACAUCUUGCUAGUACAGCGCGACGAGUCAAACCAAUCGACAAGAGAAGCCAUCCUAAAACUCGGCCGCAAAGCCGAAAUCUACACCGCCGACCUCGCAUCCCGCGACUCCGUUUCUGCCCUCGUCAAGAAAGUAGUCUCAGACGGCUACCAAAUCCACAUCUUGCUCAACUGCGGCGGCAUCCAAAGACGACACCCAUCACACCAAUUCCCCGACAACGACUGGGAUGAAGUUCUAAACGUAAACCUCAACUCGGUGUUCACGCUAUGCAGAGAUGUCGGCGCACACAUGCUCUCCCGCGAACCUGAUCAAUUCGGCCGUAGAGGCGCUAUUAUCAACAUUGCCUCGUUGCUGUCUUUCCAGGGUGGAUUCACAGUACCCGCGUACGCCGCUUCCAAGGGCGGUGUUGCGCAAUUGACAAAGGCCUUGUCGAACGAAUGGGCUGCAAAGGGCAUCAAUGUCAAUGGUAUUGCGCCUGGUUACAUUGCGACAGAAAUGAACGAUGCUUUGAUGAAGGACAAGACGAGGAGUGAACAGAUCAUGGCGAGAAUUCCUGCUGGCAGAUGGGGCAAGCCUGAAGAUUUCAAGGGUCCUGUUGUGUUCCUUGCCAGCAGAGCGAGUGGCUAUGUUAGUGGUGAGAUUUUGACUGUUGAUGGCAGUUGGAUGGCUAGGUAG